CUAUUUUUUAAAUCUACAAAAGGGGGUACUACCUGAAACACUUGGUCGGUUGCCAAAGGGGCAGCAGGCAACCACAUUGCUUGAACUCAUGACAAUUAGGGCAUUUCACAGCAAGAUACUGCGUUGUUACAGCCUUGGUACAGCAAUUGGUUUUCGCAUACGGCGAGGUGUAUUAACAGAUAUUCCUGCCAUUUUAGUAUUUGUGUCGAGGAAAGUUCACAAACAAUGGCUCAGCCCAAUCCAAUGUCUACCCACUGCUCUUGAGGGGCCUGGUGGAGUAUGGUGUGAUGUAGAUGUGGUGGAAUUCUCUUAUUUUGGUGCCCCAGAGCCAGUUCCAAAGGAACAGCUGUAUACAGAGAUUGUAGAUGACUUGCGUGGGGGUGACCCUUGCAUUGGUUCAGGAUCUCAGGUGGCAAGCCAGGAGACAUAUGGAACUUUGGGUGCCAUUGUUAGGAGCCAAACAGGUAGUCGGCAGGUUGGUUUUCUCACAAAUCGACAUGUCGCAGUUGACCUGGAUUAUCCGAAUCAAAAGAUGUUUCAUCCUCUUCCACCCACCUUGGGGCCUGGGGUUUACCUUGGUGCAGUAGAGCGAGCAACUUCAUUUAUAACAGAUGAACUUUGGUAUGGCAUAUUUGCUGGAAUAAACCCAGAGACUUUUGUGAGAGCCGAUGGCGCAUUUAUUCCUUUUGCCGAUGACUUUGACAUGUCCACUGUUACUACUGUAGUGAGAGGCGUUGGAGAUAUUGGUGAUGUAAAAAUUAUUGACCUACAGGCACCAAUUAGUAGCCUUAUUGGAAAACAGGUGGUGAAGGUCGGAAGAAGUUCCGGCUUGACUACAGGCAUUGUUUUGGCUUAUGCCUUAGAGUAUAAUGACGAAAAAGGAAUAUGCUUUCUAACAGAUUUUCUUGUGGUUGGCGAGAACCAGCAAACGUUUGACCUCGAAGGAGACAGCGGAAGUCUCAUCAUGUUAAAGGGUGACAAUAGCGAGAAACCACGACCAAUUGGGAUCAUAUGGGGAGGAACGGCUAAUAGGGGCCGCCUUAAGUUGAAAAUUGGACAACCUCCUGAGAAUUGGACUAGUGGGGUUGAUCUAGGCCGUCUUCUCAAUCUACUUGAACUCGAUUUGAUAACAACAGAUGAAGGACUAAGAGUGGCGGUGCAAGAACAAAGAGCUGCUUCUGCAACCGCGAUUGGCUCUACAGUUGGCGACUCAUCAACCCCCGAUGCUAUGCUUCUGAAAGAUAAAUCCGAAGAUAAGUACGAGUCACUUGGUCUUCAGAUUCAGUCCAUUCCCUUAGGAGUUGAGACUAGCAACCAAGACAUGAAACCGUCGAAUAUGGAGACUGAAUUUCAGUUAGAAGAUGGGAUCAAGGUAGCUCCCAGUAUCGAACACCAGUUCAUCCCGAGUUUCAUGAGCCGGUCUCCACUGCACAAGAACAGCAUGCAGGAGCGGGCAGCGACCGAGAAUUUGUCCUCGUUGAGGAGUGGCUGCGACGAAGAUUUAUGCGUUUCACUGCAUCUUGGUGAUAACGAAGCAAAGAGAAGGCGUUCUGAAGCAUCAACUAGCACUGAGGAAGCUCAGUGAAGUAGAUUAUUUACAUGAGCUGGAUGAAUCUGCUUGUUAAAAGAUUCAAUCAUUUUUAAUUAGUCCCUUUUUUUUCACCGGGUAACGUGUUGUUUGUAACAGUUAUGAUACUGUAUUUUAUGCUUAGAAGCUGAGACAAUGAGCAAUGAUCUUUGUGGAGUUCGCUGUCUAUGAAGUGAAUCUGUGGUUAGAGACAGAGAAGAAAAGUUUGCCUUGGUGUCUA